UGAUAACAGAUUAAAACAAUAAAACCAAUUAAUGUGCAGGGGCAGGUUAUUCCACAGUUGAAGAGCAGCAGUAGAGAAGUCCCUGCCAUCUUUGACCUUUCUCCUAGAGCUUGGAACCUGCUGGAGCUGCUGUUCAGUUGACUUGAGGGACCGAGAAGGUAGGUAGGGAUGAAUAAACUCAGACAGGUAGGCAGAGCAAGAUUGUUCAAUUAUUUAAAAACAAAAAUAUGAAUUUUAAAAUCAACUCAAAAAGUCACCGGCAGCCAGUAGAGGCCAGAGCAGGGGUGAUGUGUUCUGUUUUUGGAGCACCGGUUAAGUGUGAAGCAACAAAAAUGAUAACCACACAUGAUUUGAAGAGAAAUGUUUUAACAGGCUUAAAAUGUAGCUAAGACAUUGAGUGUGAAUAAAUGAACUCUAGGACUUAAAAAGAUAGUCGUUUAAAAGCGAUGUGUAGUUGCUUAAACGUAAAGGUGGAUUAUUUUUCUUCCAGGCAUUUUUUCAGGUAGGAGUUAUUGUCUUCACUGGAGUAUGAAGGAAUUGCCAAACUUUUUAUGGUUCAGGUCACAAGUAGAAACAACAUUUGUAGUGACAUUUUCAAGCCACUGUCUGUAUCAUUCACUUCAGGUGGAUAUUUCUCUGUUGGCCAGGCGAGAAAACAAUCAUCGGUGGUACCGAGGUACCUUGUGGGCUGUCACUUUUCCUCUUCGAACUUUUUUCCACGUUUCAACAUCCGGAUAUGAUGUCACAACAGCUGGCCCCGCCCCCUGCUCACACCUGAAGAGCUGGGCGGUGCCUGACUGAGCAGUAGACGGAGGAAAAACAAGGAAGAGCUCACAGGCGGUUCAGGUCAGUGUUUGUUCGUUUGCCUUGGAGACGAAGGAAUAUUCCCUCUGUUGGUGGCUCUCCCAACAUGGAUAUGGAUCUCCCGGAUUCCCCGCAUGGGAACAUGGGGCUUUUAAAGACGUUUGACUCCUCUGAGUUUGGCAGCUGGGAAAAGAUAGGCUCAGGUGGAUUUGGACAGGUAUACAAAGUUCGGCAUGUGAAGUGGAAAACAUGGCUGGCAAUCAAGUGCCCUCCCUGCCUUCAUCUGGAUGAGAAGGACCGCUCCGAGCUCCUCGAGGAGGCUAAGAAGAUGGAGGUGGCCAAGUUCAGAUACGUCUUGCCUGUUUACGGGAUCUGCAAUGACCCUCAGGGCCUCGUCAUGGAGUACAUGGAGACAGGAUCCCUGGAGAACUUGCUGGCUAACGAGCUGCUGCCCUGGGAGCUUCGUUUUCGCAUCAUCCACGAGACGGCGGUGGGCAUGAACUUCCUGCAUUGUAUGAACCCGCCACUUCUGCACCUGGACCUGAAGCCUGCCAACAUCCUGUUGGAUGCACACUAUCAUGUCAAGAUAUCUGAUUUUGGGCUAGCCCGGUGGAAUGGCUUGUCACAGACUGAUGACAUCAGCCGAGAAGGCUUCUGUGGCACCAUUGCCUACCUGCCACCCGAGAGCAUCGUAGAGAAGGACAGAGUGUCUGACACAAAGCAUGACGUGUACAGCUUCUCCAUCGUGAUUUGGGGUAUUCUCACACAGAAGAAACCCUAUCAAGGAGAAAACAACAUCCUGCAGAUCAUGGUGAAAGUGGUUAAGGGAGUUCGUCCAGAUCUGGGUUUAGUGCCACGAAGUCGACCUUCUACCUGCGCGGGUUUCCUAAGCCUCAUGCAGCGCUGCUGGGUCAACAGCCCUAAUGCCAGACCCAGCUUCCAGGAAAUUACAUCUGAAGCUGAGGAGCUUUGCUCAAAACCUCAAGAUGAGCCCAGGACCCCAACAUUAUCAACAUCAUCAGAACUAGAGCCCUUGUCUCCUAACCCAGUCCCCAGUGACCAGGGUAAUGCCAACAAACCGGUGCGUCCAAAAUCGGCAAUGUUGCCGGAAAAAGACUACAGCCUGUCAGAGCUGCUGAGCCAGGUGGAUUCUGGGAUCUCAAGGAGCUUCGAUCAAGUGAAGGAGGACAGCUGCCACAGCAAAGAGAAUACCAGUAAAAGACUGUCGGGCAUCUCCUCUGCAGAUUCAGCUUUCUCCUCCCAAGACUCCAUCACCCUGUCCUUAGACAAGGAAACCACAUUUGAUUCUGCUGAAGUCCAGAAGCGGAAGCUAUGUGAAGCCAUCAGGACCAAAGACAUUGGUAAGCUAAUGAAGAUCCUACAGCCUCAGGAUGUUGACCUUCCUCUUGAAGGAGGAGAUAGCCUCCUUCAUUUUGCUAUCACUUUGGGUAACGAGGAGGCUGUCAAGUUCCUCCUUCUGAAUGAUGCCAAUCCCAAUCUUCCAAAUGCGCGUGGCUCCACGCCUCUCCAUCUGGCCACAGAAAAGCACCUGAAGCUGCUGGCUGAACUUCUGCUUGGUCGGCGCAGGACUAAUGUGAAUGCUAAAGAUGAGGACCAAUACACGCCUUUACACUGGGCGGCCCAGAACGGAGACGAGGCCAUGACACGGCUGCUGUUGGACCGGGGGGCAACCAUCAACGAGACCGACGGCCAGGGACGCACACCAGCCCACGUGGCGUGCCAGCACGGCCAGGAGAACGUGAUACGGGUGCUGCUGAGCCGCAACGCUGAUGUUCAGAUAAAGGGCAAGAACAAUUGGACAGCCCUUCAUUUCGCCGCCUGGCAGGGGCACCUCGGCAUUGUCAAGCUGCUGGUAAAGCAGGCCGGUGCCAACGUGGACAGCCAGACGACAGAUGGCCGUACAGCACUGCAUCUGGCAUCCCAAAGGGGGCAGUAUAGAGUAGCGCGGAUCCUGAUUGAGCUGGGGGCAGAUGUCCACGUAACAUCAUCUGAACUAAACACGGCACUACAUGUGGCGGCAGAAACAGGCCACACAAGCACCUCCCGUUUGCUGAUUAAACACCAAGCAGAUGUAAACCUUCAAAACGCUCAAGGACUUGCACCUCUCCACUUAGCUUCGCAGCGGGGCCACCUGGCCACAGUCAAGAUGCUGAUUGCAGAGGGGGCCAACCCCUACAUAUCCAACCCCGCCCAGCGCACCUGCUGCCACUUGGCAGCAGAGAACGGACAUGGUGAAGUUCUGAAAGAGCUGCUCCUUCACUGUCCAGACGGCAGCAGCUUGUCAGAUCAGCAGGGACUCACCCCGCUGCACCUGGCAGUGCAGGGUGGACACUCAAAUAUCAUUACCAUGCUGCUGCCACCGCAGGAAAGCCAGGACUUGGUAACAGAGAGCGCCAUCGAGCCAUUAGCUGAGGAGCCUCCUGGACCAGAGGUCAAGCAGCUCCAGAGGAAAGUCGUCAUUCUCAAACUGACAGAGCUCAAGGACAAAGACUGCCCACAAUCCGCCAGCCCACACUGUGCUUCAGCACCUUGCUAACAGGAACAAAUGCACUGCAGACAUUGUACGGAACUGUCUUUCAUACUCAUCAGCUGCCUCGCACAUUGGUAGGGCAUUAUCAUUGUUUUAAAAACACCUGGACCAGUGUAGAUAUCUCCCAAUUGUGAUAAAAGCUAGAUUUAUUAUGCACACUGUAAAUAGAUGUAUAAACCUAUUGUUUGAAUAGUUUUUAGGGGCAUCACCCUUUACUUGGCAAGCACAAUUUUAACAAGACAGGACGUGUGUUGACCGUAACCAUAGAAUGUAUAUUUUGUUGACUCUUGGGAAAGCUGCAGGGUUUAAAUAACAUUUAAUGGAACACGAACUCUGUGCUGUACGUUAACAGAGCCUCUGUUUGGAAACGCCUUCAGUGUUCUGAUGCUGUUACAAUCCAGUGCUGCUUCAUGCAUUAAAAAACUUCAAACCUUU